AUGGUCCCCGACACCUCGGCACGAGGAACUGUCUCUGUGCGUCGGAAAUCGUUUUUGCGUGCUCCGACCUUCAAAGUCGAUAUAAAGGAAUCGAAAUAUGGGUUUGAAGCGUUGCCGAUGCUACCUGUUAUCCCAAAACUAUCGGACAUGGACCUCUUUUCACCGGCAACCAAAUCCAGAACGCCUUCGACACAUAGUCCUAUUCGAACACUAUUUGAACAGCAGCAACGUGGAAAUGCAAGUGAAGCCAACUUGACCGAAAGCAGCUUGCCUGAAACACCUCUUUCCGGAACACCACUGUCAGCCAAUUCGUUCAAUGGAAGCUUACCGGAUUUUAUUGGCCAUGGAAGUCGUACUGGUAGUAGUAGUAUGCCUGCACGUGUAACUCGUUCAAGAGCGCCGACCGGGUCAAGUCAGAAUUCGAUGAGACCAUCUGCGUCAAUCUUAGCACUAGCAUUGAGUAGUACUGCCGAGUCACGAGACUCUGUGGCCUCUUCCAGCGUGAGCGACCGGUCUUCUUGUCAGGAUGAUCAAGAAGAUUUGUUUUUACAACAAAAGGCUCGACAUCGUGAUUCCUCAAUGAGCUCGCUUUCAAUGUCUGGCACGAUACUACGUCGCCUGCAACUUUCUACCUCUCGGCCGACAUCAGAGGCGGAUUCACAAUUCCUGAAUUCAUUAAACCAACUUUCACCUGCAGAAACAUCACCCGUCUCACCACCUCCCGCAUCUCCGGACUCCAAAAAGGUACUAGUUCGAUUCUCCCUCCCACAAUACCAGUGCAUCACUAGUGUCUUGCUUCCUCCUGAAGUUUCAAUGGAAGCAGCACUACGUGUAGUAUGCCAAAAAAAGAGCUUGGACUUUGCGUCCCAUGCUUUACAAGUCACUCUACCUUCCGGAGUUGUUUCUGCCGAUAUGGACCGAACUGUGGGUUUGUAUAUGUUUGACUGGAAAGCUACUGAGUGGUCUGUCGUGAAAACGGAGAAGUUGUAUUCGACAAUGUAUGUGAAGGGUGAUGACGAUGAAGAAGUCAUGAUCCUGCAGCAAAGUAAUGGACGAUAUCAAGUUAUGGCUGGCAAGGUCAAUAACCUGAUAUCGAGAUUAACCGAUGGAGAAGAACCAGACGAUGCGUACCUCGACAUAUUUUUCCUAACAUACCGAAGCUUCUUGAAGCCUAUCGAACUGCUGGACGGUUUGAUAGCAAGAUUCAAUUCAGAGAUCGCGCCUAAUGCCAGUCCCGAAGACAUCGAAUACUUUAAUCGAGCGAUUGAACCAACACAAAAACGAGUCGCUUGGGCCAUACAGAAUUGGGUCAACAAAUUCUACCAAGAUUUCAUCGAGGACUCUGCUCUAGAAGCAGACAUUCUUGAUUUCGCUACUCAGCUCAAGGAGUUUUCUCAGUUUAAAGACAUUGGAGCGGAGUUGAUUGCGUCUCUCGAACGACAGAAAAAAGUCGCAGAGGAAGAAGAGGAAGCAAGUGCCCGAGUCGUCACCAAAUCCAAACAAAUUGACAGUUCCAUUUUCUUGACUGUCAACCCGCAACACAUUGCAAGGCAAUUGUGUGUGCAUAACCUUGACCUCUUCCGAAAAAUCCACCAAACUGAAUUCCUCAACCAAAUUUGGAGCCAUGACGCCAACAGUGCGAACCUGAAGGCGUUUAUUGAGAGGUUUGACAAGGAGAGCUACUGGGUCGCUACUGAGAUAUGUAUGACCAAGGAUAUCAAGAAUCGUGGCAGGAUAUUGAAGAGGUUCAUACGGGUUGCUCAUGAAUGCAAAGAGAGGAAUAACUUCUUCUCAGUGUUCUCCAUUAUUGCUGGUCUGAACCUAUCCCCGGUCCAAAGGCUCAAGAAGACGUGGGAUAGCCUGUCAAGUGAAACCAAACAGAUGUGGACAGAAGUCGAAAAGUUUGCCGACCCAUCACGCAACAUGAAGAACUAUCGAGAUCAUUUAGCAACAUGUAGUGCCCCAAUAGUCCCUUUCCUUCCAAUCUAUUUCAAGGAUCUGACAUUCAUCAACGACGGGAACGCCAAAAUGGUCAAGAAUUUGGUGAAUUUCGACAAGUGUCGAAUGCUGGCCAAACGCGUUUACGAUCUGGCCGAUUUGACGGCCACUCCCUUUCCUUACGAGAAAGAUCCACCAAUUCUUAACUAUUUGGCACGGCCUCAUAUUGAAAAGAGUAUUGUCAAGCUCAAGGAAUUGUCUUUGGAAUGUGAACCAGCCACCAAGUAA